AAAGAGGUGCUACACCAUUGCGUAAACAUCUCUGGUAUCCUGCGAUUGAGCAAAUAGGAUAAGUGCUGGACCUGGCGCUGGACCUGGCGCUGAACUCCGUCGGAGGCUUCUUCGCUCAUGUCGACAAGCAUACGAUCUUGACCGCCGUUCCGGAUUCAACUGUGCAUGUCGCUUGUCUGGCUUUCUUUUGAGCAUGUGAUUCGCAAUAAUAGCGACUGCAAUUGCGCGGCUCCCGUUGUGUGUUCACAUCCAUCUGGCCGUAUGCGCAAGAUCAUUUCUCGUAACCUGCCUGUUGGGCGUGCAAUGCAGCUUGAUUCAUCAUGGGUUGAUGCUCAUCAGCUUGACAAACGAGUCCGGAACCGUCGACUACGACCUCUUCAUCUCCGUGUUGGGAUCAAUACUGAUCUGAAAAGUACAGUCCAACACGUCCAGUUCGAAUCUAUGACACCUUCCCUUCCAAAGUCUACAUGGUCCUGGGGAGGUAAGGCCCCUGAGGAUCUUGGCAUUCUAUGGGCUCUGCACUCGUGUUGGAGGCUUACGCAUUCACCGAGAUCGAGAUUAGAUAACGUACUCGAAGACGAGACGAGCGGACAGGAUGAAGUCUCCAGGCGUUGUUGAUGGUGUCGUAGCUCAAACUCGCGGCGGGCUGCUCCCUCCUAGGUGUCUCCUCGA